GGCCGGCACAGGACCCGGAUGCACAUUGAACAAAACCGCGACCGGAAAUAAAGCAAGAAGGCGCGAGCGACCAUGUCCUGCUUUCUCAGUGCAGAAGCGAGAGAGCGACCCGUGGAGAUGUUCGGGGGCUCAGCUCGGCUGUGACUGGGCAGCAGCAGCAGCAGCAACCAAGACUGGGGUCCCAAGCUGUGCAGUUCCAACUAGCUGACCCCGGAGCAUCUGUGUGGUAGUGCACCGAGCCUCUGGCAUCCCACGCUCUCGCUCGGGCUCUUCCUCCACACAGCUCGCUCUCUGCCCCACACCGCUCUCUCGCUCGUUCCCCCCCCCCCCCCGCCGCCAGCUAUGCAUCCCCACGCAUGCCAGCUAAGAGAAUUAAGUAGAUAGAUAGAUAGGGAACAAAGUUUUAGGCAUGCACAGUCCUCUAAGAGACGCCUCAGUUUUCUGUAAGAGGUUAAAACACACAGAGUGGAUUGGGGUUCCGUUGUCAGGGUCUUUGAUACAGUAACCCUUACGCAGUUACUGAUACAUAUUUAUCCCCACUAUUCAGUCCAGUAAGAAAUCCCCUCCUGGAGAAGGUUCUGGAUGGAUGCCCAACUCUAGCGUGCAAGGAAUCUCGGGCCAGAGUGCACACACACCCUGCUCGCCUACAAAGAAAGAUACGCACGCUACUCAGUUUCUGGGUUGUGCAGAAACGAAGCACAUAGAGACCGAGGAAAGAAAGGAACAUUCGCAACUCAGAGCGACAAUGAGGCGGUAGGCGGAUACUAUGAUGGAAGGUUGGGAUGAGAAGACGAUCAAGUGUUUGCCAUUGGUGGAGGUUGAAGGGGUUCUUUUGCCCAAAGACAUUUUGGACAACUGGAGUUCCAUAUGGAGCUUUCAAGCCCGGCCUGAUGACCUUCUCAUCUGCACUUACCCUAAAGCAGGUACCACCUGGAUCCAGGAAAUUGUGGACAUGGUCCAGCAUGGAGGAGAUCUACAGAAAUGUGCUAGGGCCCCCACUCACGAACGGAUGCCUUACAUAGAGAUGUUCCCUCCAAAACCCCUGACCUCAGGUGUCGAAGAGGCGAAUGCAAUGCCUUCUCCACGCACACUCAAAUCUCACUUCCCAGUUCAUCUCCUGCCACCUUCCUUCUGGAAGCAGAAUUGCAAGAUGAUUUAUGUGGCCAGGAAUAUCAAAGACAAUGCAGUCUCCUUUUUCCACUUUCACCGCAUGAACAAAAUGAUGGAGGAUCCUGGACCCUGGGAUCAGUUUCUGGAGAAUUUCAUUGCAGGGAAGAUUUGCUAUGGCUCGUGGUUUGAUCAUGUUCGUGGCUGGUGGGAAGCCAAGGACCGUCACCCAGUUCUUUACCUCUUUUAUGAAGACAUGAAAGAAGACCCAGCCCGGGAAAUCCAGAAGGUGGCCGAAUUCCUAGGUCUAGAGCUCCCCAAACCAGUUCUGAACCAAAUUGUGCAGCACACAAACUUUGAGAGCAUGAAAGCAAACCCGAUGGCUAAUUACAGCACUCUGCCUUCUUUCAUUCUGGACCAGGCUGUGUCUCCUUUCAUGAGAAAAGGCCUCGUAGGGGACUGGAAGGAGCACUUCACAGUGGCUCAGAAUGAAUGCCUCGAUGACAUCUAUGCCCAAGAAAUGAGGGACAGCAGCCUGACCUUCCGUACACAGCUCUAAGCGUGAUAUUCACCGAGGCUUUCCCUUUUUAUCUGCAUUAGAAGAAAACAAGGCCACAAAAUCACAAUCAGGGCCCACCCAAUCAAAUUGUGUGUGUAGGUGUCCACCAAAAUUUAAGUGACAAUUUCAUUGUUUUUCUUUUGCAAAUAGAUGUUAUUGAAACAAAACGAAUCAAUGCAUUUUUGCCUCUUCUUGAACCACUUUUUGAAAGGCUUUGAAAUAGCACUCCUGUCCCUGCAAAAUUGGUUUAACAGGUGAAAAUGGAAAACAGUUCUUGAAAUGUGACACAGUGAGGCCCCCUCCACUGGCCUCGUUGGAACUAGAGGCCUUCUAUUCUAUCCUGGUAACCAAAGCAGGGAAAGAAAAUAGACUGUAACAACAUAUCUACAAUUGCUUCCACACUAGCCUUUUCUAGUCUAAAACCUGCUAUCCUUUCUUAUUCACAAAUCCAGACCACCCAUGCAAAGUUGUUACAUCCCAGUGGUUUCUCUGUUGUUCUACCAUGACUGUUCCAUCCCUUUUGGCUUUUAGGAAACAACUAAAGACACAUCUCUUCAGCCAAGCAUUUUAGCUAUCUGGUAGUUUUUAUGGGGAUUUUAAUUUGGUCUUUUUAUAUGUUUUAAUUGUUAAAGACGUUUUGUAUGUUUUUAUUGCUGUAAACUGAAUAGAUACUUCAGUAGUGGCUGGUAUCCCAUAGCCUCUGUAGUGGGCAGCCAACCAGCCAUUAUAGGGUUAACUACAUCAAAUGGUUUUCCUUGAUUGCCCCUGGGUCAUGACCCAAUCUGUUAACAAGUUGGGUGGGUUGUUGUGAGUCUGCUGGGAAGAAGAAGGUGUGCCGAGGUGAGAGGAGAGCAAGGGAGUCUUGCCAAGUACUCUCAGGGUGAGUUUUCCAAGUCCCUGGGAGUCCAGGAUUACAGAGUUAGACCCACCUAGAUUCUGGUGCGGUCCAAGGGAAGGCAGCCAGGGCUUACGGCUUCGGAAGGUUAGACUUAGGGGGAAGUGUUUUAGUAAGACUUGUGUGUGUGUCUUUGCAAUACCCAUCUAUCUGUUUUAUAAUUACCUCACUGCAACAGCAACCUAGUAAUGAUUAAGUCAAGUACCACCUAUAAACAUCUAGGCGAUAGUAAAAACUCUUGUAACCACUAAGAAGCUAGUCUUAUUUGCAACAGCUAUGCUUGAAAUCCUGAACCUGCUUUUUUUUUUAGUGAAUCAAUAAAUUGUUUUCUUUUUUACAAGC